AUGUUUCAAUCCUUCACAGGCAAUUCUCGUCGCCCGCGGCAGGUGAACCUCAGUGGCCGAGCCACUAAUCCCUUCGCUGCAUUCCCCGGAAGCUCGCCAAAUAGAACUCCUCAUGCCGCGAACCCCGAGAGUGCAGUAGCUAUUGCCCAACGGGAGCGAGCCCUGAGACAGCACGAGAGAGAUCGACAGACCGCAUCUCGCACUGUUCAGCGAGUUUGGCGUGGUCAUCAAAGCAGGAAAGCAACAUAUAAGACCUGGAAGUCUGAAUGGGAUAAUAUCGAGUGGAAGAGGGUCACAAGCGCCCUAGGAUUCGAUGAUGAUCGGGCCCCAACGACGGAGGUUGAGCGUCUGGAGUGUCUAUCACGUCUUUCUGCACCACCAUAUCCCACAGCAGAGGAAUGUUUAGAUCAGCUUAGGCUUCUGGUUCAGUUUGUGGGAUUGGUAAGGAAGAAAGAAGAUGUGCUACGUCUGGUAUACUUCUGCGAUGUCUUUGAGAAGACAUUCCAUGCUCUCCCCACGAUCGCUACGGAAAAUGAAUGGACCGAGCUGUUGAAACGGCUGGCAAUCGCUAUUCUCAAUGCCCUCGGAUCAGCAAGGGACAGUCCGACUCAUGAAGCUGCAGUUCUGCCUCUCCUUCGGACGAUAGUCUUCCUUGUUGACUUGAUACCGAAGAAGAUGGCAAUGAUUGCCAAACACUACUAUCGAACGAUGGCGUUUUUGACAAAGAAUAUUGACCAUUGGCAAGGCACUUUGUUACCAGAACAUCUGACCAACGCUGUUCUGGCACUUCUGAGACCAAUCACCUCAGAAACAAUGACAGCUUACGAGGCUCUUGCGAUAUCAUAUCUCACCAUUCCGAACCUACCCUCUUAUCUUCGUGAGCUCGAUGGAUUGGCGCACCAAAUAAACUACAAAUUGCUGGCGUCUGCAAUCGAAUCGUAUAUUCCUCUGACCAAAGAACGCCUUUCGCCCGACGAUGUCGAGGGCAUCGAAGGCCGACUUUGGCUGCUUGCAUACUUGAUCUUCUUUCACCGAUAUGCUCUUCCAGGUCAGGCCAACCUGCAAGCACCGGACCUCGGAUUCCUGAAUGUGGUCUCUGCGUUGCUUAACUCAACAUCUAUCUAUCUGACACGGUGCCUGGAGGUGGACGAAAGUGGCGCUGAUCCAAUCAGGGGCCCUUAUCUGGAUCCGUUUGUUGCAGAUCAGGUCAGUAGCCUGGUUAACCAAAGUAGCAUCACAGGGUUACUUUCUCGCAUCAAAACAUCCAGCCUAUCUCACACAGACUUAUCAACCCAUCAAUCUAACGCCUCGAAAGAAGCGAAAAUCCUUGCUACCUAUGCUCUGAACUUGCUGAGGGUGUUCCCUCGGCGUGGAGACGACAUUCGAAUGUGGUUAUACCUGGGCUCGGCACCUUCAGUAGGUCCGACUUCUGGCCAACCAGGUGCGAAAAUACCGGCAAUCAAAUACUUCUGGCAGGCAUCAAAAUCCAGUCGGAUAUUUGACAUCAUCAGCAAGGAUUCGACGCAAGUUCUUCCGUUGCUUCAGCCGCCACAAGAAGGGGAUCAAGAGGAUCAAGACCAGGAGUGGACAAUUAUUCUUCUCUUUUUUGAGCUUUACACAUUCCUUUUGAAAGUCAUGGAUGACGAAGAGUUCUUUUCAAGCGCGUCACCAUUUACAGCUUCAUCAAAUGUCCUGUCUUCAUGGACGAAAGAGAGUGCGCUGCCACUUGAUGACAUUAAAGAUAUGACCGUCUUUCUGAAAAACCUUGCCUUCACCCUUUACUGGAAUGUGGCCGACUUGACUAAGAAAGGCCCUGUUCCGUCAUCUGCUGUGGAUCUUAGAAGUUAUUUCAGCAACACGGCUCAGGUUUCUGAACCAACGGAGCGUUUUGAAGUGGACGCCAAGAAGGAAAUCAAUGAUCUUCCCGGUGUGACAGGUAUCCCACUUGACUACUUCAAAGGCUUGGUUACAGGUUUGCUCAGAAUGCUGCAUGAGCGAGAUUCUCGACGCAAGUUCCUUCCUCAAAAUCAUUGGUUGAUGACAGAUCGAUUUGACAUGGAAGGCUUUAUCCCAGCCGUUGUGGCAGAAGAGGAGAAACGCCAUGAAUUCCAAGACGACGAUGAAGAUGCUGAGCCUGAUCUUCUCGACGAGGAAUACCCAGAGCCUUCUCAGCUUGUCGGCAAUAGUCAUGCGCGUCGACUGAUUCACAUCCAGGCCAUGCGAAAUAGUCAACGAAGGCAAGCUCAUAAUAAUGCUCUUGCAGCAAUUGCUCCACGGCUAGAGAUACUUCGAAACAUGCCGUUCUUCAUCCCGUUUGCCACGAGAGUGCAAAUAUUCCGUCAGUUUAUCUUUAGGGAUCAACAGCGUCGCCGAAAAGGCUUCGUGGAUCCUGAGUCUUGGCGUUUGUCUGUGGCCCAAAGUGCUAUGAUAAAUGGACCGCCUGAGGGGGCGGCGAAUAUCUUGGCCCGACACCAUGCGGACAUCCGGCGUGAGAGUGUAUUUGAAGAUGCGUUCUCUCAAUACUAUAGCCUGGGUGACGGUCUUAAAGAGCCAAUCCAGAUCAGCUUUAUCGACCAGUUUGGCGCAAUGGAGGCCGGUAUCGAUGGUGGCGGCGUGACAAAGGAGUUCCUGACAAGUAUCACUUCCCAGGCUUUCAAGACCGAUGACUACGAGAGCAUGUUUGCGGAGAAUGAUCACCAUCUGCUGUAUCCCAGUCCCACAGCUGUUGACCAACUUAAAAAAGUACUCAGCGAGGCUGGACUCACAAGUUCAAGUGCAGAGUGGCAGGAUGACGUGCGCGGUCUUCUUCGACGUUAUGAAUUCCUCGGCCGUAUCAUUGGAAAGUGUCUUUACGAGGGAAUCUUGGUGGAUGUCAACUUUGCACCAUUCUUUCUCUUGAAGUGGGCCUUGACAGGAGGCUCUCGGUCUGCGGUGAAGGAAUCUUCCUAUCGUGCCAACUUGAACGAUUUGAAGGACCUUGAUGAGGGAUUGUACCAGGGCUUGUUACAACUCAAGAAUUACCCUGGAAAUGUGGAAGACUUUGGACUCGACUUCACCAUUAACAACGUAAUUCGGAUGCCUAGUGGAAACAACCGCACUGUCACGGUAGAGUUGAAACCAAAUGGCUCACAGACCGCCGUGACCAACAAGAACAGAUUGGUCUACAUCUCCUACAUGGCUCGUUACCGUCUGCAGUUGCAACCCGCUCUACAGACCAACGCCUUUUUGCAAGGUCUAGGCCAGAUCAUUCAACCCUCCUGGCUAUCCAUGUUCAAUCAAUCCGAGUUGCAAACGUUAGUGAGCGGAGACAAGGCUGAUAUUGAUGUGGAGGACCUGCGCCGGAACACUCUCUACGGAGGGGUGUAUGUGAUUGGAGAUGAUAACCUAGAACACCCGACUAUUGCACUCUUCUGGCAGGUGAUGCACGAGAUGACCAACGAGGAACGACAAAAGGUCAUCCGUUUCGUUACAUCUACCCCACGAGCUCCAUUGCUGGGAUUCAGCCAUCUUCGUCCCCACUUUAGCAUCAGAGACUCUAGUGAAGAUCAAGAACGAUUGCCGAGUACUAGUACCUGUGUGAAUCUUCUCAAGCUGCCACGAUACUCGGAUGCAGAGACAUUGAGGAGUAAACUACUGUAUGCAGUUAGUUCGGGUGCUGGGUUUGAUUUGAGUUAA